GUUUUAUGAAAGAAUCAUGAGUGAAUCAAGGAAACGACUUACACCACGAAUGCAAAAAAAAAUUUCGAAUUUCGAAUAAAUAAGGAUCGAAUAUUAUUCCGAUAAUACGAAAAAGAAUAGUUUUGUGCGAGAGAAGUGAAGUGAAAUGGUGUCAGCCAUGCAGCUGGAGACAGUUUCUGGCGAAAUGGAGGAGUUGGAGCUGGAAGCGCAUCACAUUCUCCUGAAUGACAAAUGGCGGCAACUGUUCGAUAAGUUUGACAACGAAGGUUUUGGUGAAAUUCCGUGGGAUGAUUUUCUUGUGGCUCUGGAGAGUCCAGACUUCCAAGAAUGCAUUGAGCCAUCGAAGAGGGAAGUCCUGGCUUCCAAGGCCAGAGAAAACAAGACCUACGCCAUCACAUUCGAUGACUUCGUUGCAGUGAUGAGCGGGAAAAGAACCCGUAGCUUUCGAAUCGCUGUUCAACACAGAGAUAGAGAAGAGUUGCUGCGGGACAGGGAAAGAGCCCUGUUCCACAGUAUGGUAGCCAAGAUAGCUCAUCAUUUUCUGGCUGAUGACAGAGACAGGAAAUACUAUGCAGACAGAUAUACUUGCUGUCCACCACCUCUAUUCGUUCUUCUGGUUACUUUGGUUGAGUUGGGUUUUUUCACCUAUUACACAGUGUCUACGGGCAUAGUGACAACUACCGGUCCAGUGCCGAUAGACAGUCCAUUUAUUUAUCGGCCCGAUAAACGGGAACAAGUUUGGAGGUUUUUCUUCUACAUGCUCCUUCACGCAGGAUGGAUUCAUUUAUUGUUUAAUCUGCUGGUUCAGGUGUGCGUGGGACUUCCGUUGGAGAUGGUACACGGGUCCCUAAGAAUAGGUACAGUGUACAUGGCUGGUGUACUUGCUGGUUCUUUGGGAACUUCAGUUUUUGAUACAGAUGUUUAUCUAGUCGGAGCUUCUGGGGGUGUAUAUGCUCUUUUAGCUGCUCAUCUCGCAAACGUCUUACUGAAUUAUAACCAAAUGGAGUUUGGCUUACUAAGGUUGGGAUGCAUUUUAUUUAUUGCUAGUGCAGAUGUUGGUUUGGCAAUAUACAAUAGGUAUGCAGUUGAACAACAAGGACCGCCGGUUUCCUAUGUGGCACACCUAACAGGAGCUUUAGCAGGGCUCACAAUAGGGUUGCUAGUUUUAAAAAACUUUGAACAAAAACUUCAUGAACAAGUUCUGUGGUGGGUGGCACUAGGUGUUUAUGCAGCAUGUACUCUUUUCGCCGUCCUCUUCAAUAUUUUUAACUAUUGACUCUCCUCACUGAAGAUUGUCUUCUGCAUCAAUAAACGAACUGUGGGAAUUGAACCCACUGACCUCAGGGAAGCUACACGCAACUGUUCAAUAUGCAGCCACGAUUGAUUGCACUGCAAUGUAACGGUGAAGUUCAAAAAAAGGUGUUCUGAACUUUGUUCACAAGUGUAAAUAAUCAAAAUCAGUUUUGAACAAAACUGUUUCCAAAGAUAAACUGUUAAGAAUGAAAGUAAUGUAUAGGUUUAUAUUGUAUUUCGAUACAUCCUAAACACUAAUGUCACAACCAAUGUGGUAAUCUCAAUUUUGUACUUUCGUAUUGUGAAUUAAUUAGUCAUUUGAAAUCAAACUAUUCAUGAAGUUAGAAUCUUUUUUUAUGAGACAUUUCAUGCUUCAUUUUAUGGGUAUUCGUGUUAUUCAAAUUUUGCACAAAAGUUUAUGGAAUGUUUUAAAAAAUAUUUCUUUGUUUAGAAAUAAUGUGCUUUAUGAAGGUUAUAAAAUUUAUUUAAAAAUUUUAUUGAUUUAGAUCAUUUCAAAGGUUAAAACUUUUAUGCAAUAACUUAUGUUCAAAGUAUUUAAUUUUACAAACCCUACUUAUUUUAUUGUCACAUGAAAUUAGUACAUUCAGUAUUUCUAAAUAUACUAACACUGCCAAUGAAUUAUCUAGCAAAAAUACUAGCAUGGGUAUUUUAUAUAUCUGUAUAACAUUUAUAUGAAUGUUUAAAAAGCAUAAUUGCACUUUUCUUUACAAAAUUUUUAUUUUAAAAUUGUAUAUUUAUUUUCAAAAUAUUCACUUUAAUGCAUUAAAAUUUAAGUUUAAACACAUAAUUAAGAUAGCUCUUAUAAAAAAUAAAAUUAUACAAACAUUUAGACAACAUGGCUUAGUUGUCAUUCGGUUUAAAAGUCAGUUUGGGCCACUCUUUUUAAAGUAAAAUUUUUUUCUAAUAUUUUUUUAUAUUUAUCUUUUAACUUUGUUUUUCGCCUUAAAUGUUUUUCAUUUGAAUGAUUAAAAAUUUUUUUUAAUUAUAUAAAUGAUUUAAAAAAAGUAAACAUGAGGUCUUGAGUUUAUCUCAAUGAAGUAAUAUUUUUUCUUUUUCUUCAUUUAUGGAAAUUUUUCAGAAAUGCUAUGUAGAUUUAAGAAAUACCUUUUUUAAUAUCAAUGAAAUUCAUGUGUUAUCUUUUUAUAUUUUGUUCAGUUAAUCUUGAGAUUUCAACUUUUGAACUACCUCUUUAAUUUUUUUAUUGAGUACACUUUUAUACAUAUUUUAUUUUAAUACUUAAUUUAUAUUUUUAAAAAUUCCUACUAUGCAUUUUAAAUCCUGUUUUGUUUGAAUAUGUCUUACGGCAAAACAUGUACAUACUUUCAUUUUUAUGUAUUGCAUAUAUGCAUACAAAACAUGUGAUGAAUAUGAUUUAUUCAAAUCAUUCUUUCUAAGUCAAAUCUAGAUGAAAACUUAUUUAAGUGUUGUGAAUAUGACAAAAAUGUAUGUAUGAUAAAUAUUGUGUAUAUGAAUUUUGAAUGUAAUUGAAUGUAUUGCAAUAACUAUACUUACAGAACUUGUAUUGUGAUUUUAAUGAACAAUUGACAAUAUUUUAAUGUAUGAUCAAAGAAAAACUACUGGAAUAUUUUGAUAAUUCUUUCAUAAUAGUGAUAUUGAAAAAGAAAAUUAUAGCAAAUUUUAAUGAUUUUCAGUGAAGCUGUUGAUAGAAAAUUAAGAUUAGAUAAGUAAGCAUUUAAAAAUUAGUACUUUUAUAAAAAAGUUUUAAAACUGUAUCAUAUGUUAAAUCUAGUGAAAAUGCAAACGUAAUUAAUUUUAUUAUACGACAAUUCUAGCAAAAAAUUUUCAGCAUUGACAUGAUUUUUAAAUUGUAGAGCUUCCUCAAAUUUACAAAUAUCUUAAAGAAUCUCAAUUACUUAAAUUAUUGAAAUUAAGUUUAUUCUAUUUAUAUUUUUAUCAGUAGAAUAUGUAAAAUUAAGCUUUAAAUUCCAUUCAUAAUACAUGAAAUGCAUGCAUUUUUUCAUAAAUAUCAAUCAAAAAUUCCAAAUAUUGUUGUCUGACAAAGUUUUUCAAAAUCUUAUUUUUACUGUUUAUGCAAUGCAUUCCUAUAGAUGUGUUUUUAUUGAUGUAGAAUGUCUUUACAUGAAUAUGUUUGUGGAAAAAAUGUGAAAGCGACUAGCAGUGUUUACAAAGUUUAUACAUUUAUGUUAUUGUGUAAGAGUGUUUAAAUUUUUAAUUAAAUUUAAGUUCUGAUUA